ACGGUGAUCAGUACGGUGUGCGCAAGUCGAAAGUUGAAUGCAGUCGCUUACAUCCACAAACUACUAUUAGACUUCACCACCUCAAAUCUUCUUUUUCGUCUAUCACACCAGGCCGUGGAAUGGUCAGAUGAUGAAGUUUACCUGCAUCUUGGGGAUCCGGUUACUGACACAGUCAGAACGUGGACUGGUGAGCCUGUGGGGCCUCAUGCACCAUCAAGUCUUACAGAAGCUAUCGAUCACUCCUUGUUCACGGAGACCAACUUGCUCCAGGAGAACAUUCUUGUCGAAGACUUUGGGCAAGCGUACACUGCUGCCAUGCCCCUCGAAGACCACGAACCACGAACCAGGCUGAAUUAUAUGUCACCAGAGGCUCUUUUUGAAGGUCGCGCAGGGCCUGAGGCAGAUGUGUGGGCAUUGGGAUGUGCUAUUUUUGAAAUUAGAGCAGCCUGAGACGUUCCCGCUCUUCGACUCCUUCUUUCCCAGUCACACAGAAAUAAUCACCCAGAUGUUUGGUACAUUUGGAAGGUUGUGCCGGACCCCUGGUGGGAUGCUUUCAAAAUCAAUGACAGUUCGGAGAAGAUGGUCGGCCAAAGAAAAACACGAAACUCCUCCUAUCAUCUAUUCGAGAACGAUUAUGCUCUUUGGGAAAGAUCCCGGCUUCUAAUGUAGAUCCGAUGUUCGAAAAUACCAAGAUGAAGGUGGAUGAAAAAGAAGUCAAUCUCCUGGCGGACCUUUUAGAGAAAAUGAUGAGGUACCGCCCAGAGGAUAGGAUAAGAAUACGAGAGGUUGUCAAUCAUUCGUGGUUCGGCUACGAUAUUUAUUAGGAUACUCUACUUA